UCUCUAAAUAUAUAUACGUAACAGAAAUUAAAAACAUCUUUGGUGAGACCAUGUCAGGUGUUUGGACGUUCAAAAACAACGGAGUGAUGAGUUUAGUGGAAAACCCAAACCAGACCGAUGGAGAUGCCACCCAGACGCACGGAGAGAAGAAAGUUUUGGUUUACCUGCCGACCGGUCAAGUAGUCUCUUCUUACUCGUCUCUUGACGAGAUUCUGAAGAGCCUUGGGUGGGAAAGAUACUACGAAGGAGACGCAGAUCUAAUCCAGUACCGAAAACCCUCCUCCAUUGACCUCAUCUCAUUACCAACAGACUUCUCCAAGUUCAAGUCCGUUCACAUGUACGACAUCGUCGUCAAGAACCUUAAUUCAUUCCAAGUCCGUGUAUCAACUGAAUAAUUCCACGGAUUCAUUUCCGACCAAUAGGUCUAGUUUAAUUUGUUUCAACCAAUAAAUUCCAGACAGAACUAUCUGGAGUAAUAAUGAUCACUUCGUUUUUUUCUUUUACAAUUUGCAUCAUCACCUUCUUUUUGUUUCUCAAGUUUGGUUGCAUGCAUGUGCUUGCCUGUAUCUUCAUCAUCUUUGUGAGGCUUGUCAUUUUUUUGCUUAUUGUUGUAAUUGUGUUAAUCGAUAAGUUGUGUUUCUUUCGGGGUUAAGCUAUAUAUAGCAUUUGUUUUAGUCCAAAACCGUGGGUUAAUGUAAGGAAAACAUAAGCUGAUGACGAAUUUCUGUAGAAUGUCAUACUCUGAUCAAUGUUUAUUAGAGAAAAUGCAAUUAUAUAAAUAUCUAAAUGAGCUUCAAUUUUUUAAAAUUUUGGUGAAAUGAAAUGGAUAAUAUUAUAUUAAUUUUCCUUAAUGUAAUCAUAUAGUAUCAGUUUAUUUAUGUCAUAUUGCUAGGCAUGUAGAAACUUCCAAAACAGUUUUAAUAAAAUAAAUAAAUUAGGAAGGAAAAGAAACGUUGUGAACACGUUGGAUCCAUUUAAAUUUUAAAAAACUAAUAAGGAUAAGAACGAUCCG